UUCUCUUCAGUGCUAAUUCUUUGCUCUCGUGUUUUUGUUUUAAAAAGAUAUCCAGAAGAAAAGUGUUUUUAGUUCGAUACAGAACGUUUGAAAGUCGCUUCGGGUCAUUCAUGCACAAAGUAACGUGAUUUAAUUUUCUUUAGUUUAUUUUUCUUUGUUUUCCGCGUGAAUUGUGACAGUAAUUUCAAUAAAUUCAUUUAUCCUUCAAUAUUGAAAGGAUAAUUGUGAUUCAAUCGAAGGAUAUUUGUGUAGGAGUUCAAAGUUUUCUUCAGAUUUAAAACGUGGAUGACGUAAUUAGUGUGAAAAAGAGACAAUAUAUUGUACUUUUUCUAUCUACUUUGAUUAUUUUUAAUACAUAAUCAAAGAUUUCCAUAGUGAACAAUGAGUCACGAUCAUUCACAUCAUGAUCAUGGGCAUCAUCUCCCAGUUCCAGAUUCUCCAUCAACAACAACUUUAAUGCCUUCAGCUCAUGAUCAUAACGCUAUGGAUCAUUCAAGCCACGGUAAUGGUCAUGCUGCACUUCAUCAUAUGAUGCAGAUGGCUUUUCAUGGUGGACACAACGAAACAAUUUUAUUCGAACAAUGGACGAUAAGCAGCACGUCAGGACUUAUUUGGUCAAUGCUGGUCAUUUUCAUUCUUGGAGUUCUUUAUGAAGGACUCAAAUAUUAUCGUGAAAAUCUCUUCUGGAAGUCUUAUAAUGCGCUACAAUAUCGAGCUGUGUCUGCUCCAGAGAAAAAUGGAGCAACUGAAGAUAAUUCGCGGGUCGUCCACAUGGUCGGAGAAGUCGUUCAUCGUGAUCCACCGACAAUCUUCUCGUGGAUGCAUUUCUACCAGAGUGUUCUUCAUCUUAUUCAAGUGACUCUUUCACUUAUGCUUAUGUUGAUCUUCAUGACAUACAACACUUGGCUAUGUUUGGCUGUUGUGUUUGGAGCAAUGAUUGGUUAUCUUCUAUUUGGAUGGAAGAAAAGUGUCGUUGUUGAUGUCACCGAACAUUGCCAUUGACUCGUUUCAUCUCUCUUUGCUCAUAUAAUGCGCGGUCUUGAUUCAAUUCUCAAACGAUCAUCAGUUUUAAUCGAUGCAUUGAAGAUUCUUUGGGUCCACUUUCGAAGACUGCGCAGACUUUUUCCAAUGAAAAGACGGUAAUCAGAAUGUUUUAAAAUAAGUGAAAACUUAUCAGCCAUCAUGAUAUAAAAAUAAUUCUGAUUUGCCAAUCUUUUCAUGUUACCCGCGAUUCGGACAAAAUAUUUUUCUCAUUUCAAAGAAUCUGAAAGGUUCAGACUUUUCUUUUUAAAAGACAGAGAAUCGAAAGAAAAAAAAUCAUUACUAUAAGCCACGAAUUUUUCUAUGUUUCAGUUAAUAUUAAAAAUAAUUUUAGUUGGUAAUGAAAAAUUCUUUCAGUAUAGGAGAAGGUCAUAAAAAAGUUUAAUUAUGUUGUUUGAUUUAAAUAAUCAUGAUCAAGAAUUGUUAAAAUUAGGAAGAAAACCUUGUAAGACAAAGUUUUUGUAAUAAAAUAAUAAAUUAUCUUAUGGCAAAUU